AUGGCGCUCUCUGCAGCAUUCUACACAUCUUCACAACCAUCCCGUGCUCCUUUGUGCAGAACUCGUAAACCCAAUUUCUCUCAGACUGCUUGCUUCCAGAAAACCCUAACAAUUAGGGCUUCAACCACCCUGGACUACUCCAAGCUCACUGUGGGUGAUAAAUCUUCAGCCCCAUCAAAGAGCAAUAGUUGGCAAUGGAAAUUCAAGGAAAAUUCUAUUAACAUCUACUAUGAGGAGCAUGAAAAGGAGAAAGAGGGUCCUUCUAAGAACAUCCUUAUGAUACCAACCAUUUCUGAUGUAAGCACUGUUGAAGAAUGGAGAUCAGUAGCAAGUAAUCUUGUUCAGCAAGAUGGUAAUGUUAAUUGGCGAGCAACCAUUGUUGAUUGGCCAGGUCUGGGGUACUCUGAUAGGCCAAAGAUGGACUACACUGCUGAUGUCAUGGAGAAAUUUCUGGUUGACUUCAUCAAUGCAUCUGAUGGUCCUAUAAGCGGCUCAGAAAAUGAUUUUGUAGUAUUUGGAGGAGGGCACGCCGCCACUUUAACUAUUCGUGCUGUAAAACGUGGUGCGGUGAAACCUAAAGCCAUUGCUGCUAUUGCACCCACCUGGGCUGGUCCCCUUCCUAUUGUGUUUGGUCGAGAUUCUAGCAUGGAAACAAGGUAUGGACUGCUUAGGGGCACCUUACGAGCCCCUGCUGUGGGCUGGAUGAUGUAUAACAUGCUUGUCAGCAAUGAGAAGUCAAUUGAAUCUCAGUACAAAUCACAUGUCUAUUCAAAUCCGGACAAUGUGACUCCUGGAAUUAUCGAAAGCCGAUACGCACUGACCAAGCAGAAAGGAGCUCGCUAUGUACCUGCUGCUUUCUUGACUGGUCUCCUUGAUCCUGUACAAACACGAGAGGAAUUUGUUGGACUCUUUGCAGAGAUGGGCAGCCAGAAGAUCCCAGUUCUUGUCCUGUCGACUGAAGGAUCUCCAAAGAGGUCAAAAGCAGAGAUGGAAGCUCUGAGGGAAGCUGAGGGAGUAAGUAAGUUUGUUGAGGUUCCAGGUGCUCUACUUCCUCAAGAGGAGUAUCCUGAUAUGGUUGCAGAGGAGCUUUACAAGUUCUUACUAGAAAACUUUUGA